AUGGAGUCCGCAAAUCUACCCUAUACCCAGAAAACGCCCCUCAACACUGUUUGGCGCGAUAAUGCCGACCCCGCGAUUUACGAAGCAGCAAGGACCAGUCGACUAUUCAACGCUCAAAAGCCAACCCAAUAUCCAAUAGCCAUCGCUUUUGUGAAAGACGCAUCCGAAGUAGUUGAUGUGAUACAACUUGCUAUUCAGCUGAGCUGUCGGAUCUCAGUCCGUGCCGGCGGACACAGUUACGCGAGCUGGAGUGUUCGAGAUGAGGCCAUUCUCAUAGAUAUGGGGGAUUUUUCUGAGAAUCCAUCUCUCGAUGAAGCAACUGGAAUAGUCAGUAUACCACCUAGUAUUAUGGGAAAGGACUUGAUCGAAUAUCUCGACGCAAAAGGACGGGUCUGCUCGGUCGGACAUUGCCCGGACGUUGGGCUCGGAGGAUUUCUUCUUGGAGGGGGUAUGGGCUGGAAUUGCAAUGUGAGUCUCUCUACUCAAGGUUUUAACUUUUAUGCUCAAUGGCUAAAAGAGAGAAAGAACUGGGGAUGGGCGUGUGAGCAGGUGGUUGCUAUAGAUGUUGUCACUGCAGAUGGUCAGUUCAUUCGUUCGGAUAUCCAGCAGCACAGUGACCUAUUUUGGGCGGCAAGGGGGGCUGGGCCAGCAUUCCCAGGUGUCGUCACUCGCUUUUACCUCAAAACGAAACCAGCGAUAAAGUCCAUGUUUUCCUCCGGCUAUGUUUACCCCAUACGAAGCUAUAGGACCAGUCUACAAUGGGCAGCGACGGUCUCUAGUUCGAAUGAUGGUAUAGAGGUUCUGGCUAUAGGUAGCUACUCUGCGGACUUGAAAGGGCCCUGUGUCACAGUCUCUAUAUUGGCAUAUGGUGACAAUGACGACGAUGCACGCGAUGUUCUGCAGAAGAUAGACGCUUCUCACCCUAAUGGGGCCCUGCUUCAGUGGAUUUGUGAGAAAACAAAUAUGCAGCAGCAGCUCGAGAAGUCAGGGCAAUCAUUUCCGAAUAACCAUCGCUAUUACGUGGAUAACCUAUGGCUUGAUGACAACAUGGACUUCUCUCUGCUCGAUCGAGCCUUCAAUUCACUACCUACUAAGAAUUCGCUACUUCUAUGCCAGUCCAUGUUUCCAUGCAGUCAACGUGACCUUCCCGAUAUGGCUCUGAGUCUACAAUCCAAUCAAUGGCUUGCAAUGUAUGCGAUAUGGGAAGAGGAAGCCGAUGAUUCGCGUUGCGAAACCGCGGUCCAUGAAGCUAUAUCAGAGCUUCAGCAACACUCCAAGGGGUCGUACCUAGGAGAGCUUGACUUUAGAGCCAGGAGAGGCCAUUAUUGGGCAGAUGAUCAAUACGAAAGACUCGUGUCAGUCAGGCGCAAGUGGGAUCCUCUGAAUAGGAUUUGCGGCUGUCUCGGUUUAGAAGUAUGA